GAAACGGCCUCCGCUUCCGCGCGGCGGGGACCGCGAUGGCGGCCGGGGAGCCGGGGGAUCUGGGCGGCUACUACUUCAGAUACCUGCCUCAGAAAACCUUCCAGUCUCUGAGCACCCCGGAGACCACCAGCCGGCUCCGCCAGUGGUCCAUGCUGGGCAGGAUCAAGGCGCAGGCCUUCGGCUUUGACCAGACGUUUCAGGCCUAUCGGAAGGAUGAUUUCGUCAUGGCUUUCUUCAAAGACCCAAAUGUUAUUCCCAAUUUGAAGGUACUUUCAGAGUCUUCCAGACAGUGGAUUACAUUAGGAACUGAAGUGAAAAAAAUUGAAGCUAUAAAUGUUCCUUGCACACAGCUUUCAAUGUCAUUUUUUGAUCGGUUAUAUGAUGAAGAUAUUGUACGAGACAAUGGACAUAUUGUUAAAUGUUUAGAUUCUUUUUGUGAUCCCUUCCUUAUUUCUGAUGAGUUACGAAAAGUUUUGCUAGCAGAAGACUCAGAAAAAUAUGAAGUAUUCAGCCAGCCAGAUAGAGAAGAGUUCUUGUUCUGUCUUUUCAAACAUCUUUGCCUCGGUGGAGCCCUUUGUCAAUACGAAGAUGUGCUUGAUCCAUAUCUGGAAACAACAAAGCUUAUCUAUAAGGAUCUAGUGAGUGUUCGGAAGGAUCCUCAAACCAAGAAAAUACAAAUUAUCUCUUCCGUCUUUAAAGUUACAGCAUAUGAUUCUGCUGGUGUGUGCUACCCGUCAACUAAGAGUCAUGAACAGACAUUCUCUUACUUUAUCGUGGACCGUGUCAAGCGUCAUGUUCACGUUUUCUACCACUGUUACGGUGUGGGGGAAAUGUCUUAAUGUUUUUUCAGAGUACUAUAUUUACUAUUUUUUAUUUACCAGGGUUUUUAUUUUAAUACAGAUUUCUAGAUAAACAUUUACUCUGCAAGUUACUUCAAGUAAAAUGUAAAGAACCUGCUUAGAACAAAAGAAAACAGAUACCAAGAUGCCUCUCUGUAAAUUUGGGCUGCUAACGUAGGAACCAAAUUUCAUCCCUAACAAAAUCUGUACCAAUACAGUUGUGGAAUUUUUACAGAAAGUUACAAGAAGUGAAAAUCUAGUUCAUCUUUGUUGCCUUUAGAGUCAGGUGAGUCCUCAAUUUUCCAGGUAUUUUAUUUUCGAAGCGAAUUAAUUCUAGGUUGAAACGGCAGAAAACUAAACUUCUCUAACCACUGGUCGUCAAUAUGAGUUGUUAGUUUUUAAAAGUCGUGUUUCAUUUAAUUACAUUUCUUCAUUACAUUAAGAUUUACAUCUCUGGGGCUGUGGAAAGCAUGGCAGUUCCUCUGCUUCCUUUGUCUCACUUAAAACACUCAAAAAAAAAAAAUAAUGUUCUGAACAUAAUUGUAAACUCUUGUAUCACAUAAUGAAUUAAAACUGGAGCUGCCCCCACAGCUAAUAUAAGAGCUACCUAUAAACAAAGAGAGUUGCCCUGAUGAUGCUAAGUUGAAAAGAGUAAAGUGCAGGGUGUCUUAGUACUGUCCCCUCAUUACCUUCAUGGAAUGAAUAUAUAGCUUAGAUUUUUUUGGUGGAAGAACUGAUUGACAUGUAUUCCCAGAGGUGAUACCUGCAAGAAAUAUUGAGACCUGGAGAAGGGGCAAGUUUGGAAUAUGUUUCUGAGUUGCAGGGAUUGGGAUGAUAGUCUUGGAUUUGAACUUGUAGCUUCCCUGGAAGGCAGCUGGCGAUCUGAGCAUAUAGCUCAGGAGAGAGAGUUUGUUAUAUUUCUAAUACUUAGUACAAUGCCUUCGCACAUUAAAUAUUUACUGCGUCAGUAUUUUCCAGAUACGUUCAUAAUAUCCAUUCUUUUUUCUUUUAAAUCAGAUAAAAAACAUUAAGUCAAGAACUACAAUGUCCAUUUGUUACCAGUUUUGCUGCCUACCACAUAGACCCCUACAACCAGGGGACCCUCUCUCAAUCAAUCAGCUGGUCAACCAGUAGUUCUUUUUGAGUCCCAGUUCUGUGCCAGCCACUGUGCUGUUUACUUUGGGGAAACACACACUCCCUAUAAAUCUAGUAAAGAUCAUCUGUAAGAGUGUGUCUAUAGAAAGUGACUGUUACAUGGAUUCAGAGAUGGAAGUGGUCACUGUGAGCUAAGCCUGGGACGGGUGUGCUCUGGCUUCUGCAGAACUGGUGGGGUUUCAACAACU